CUGGUCUGAUCAUGGUGCAAGGAGAUACUAAACGCGAUACAUAAAAGACACAUAGCUACCACAUUACAAACAGUAACGUUAGCUAGUGACAAAGUUAAAGGACGAGACAAAAAUUAUGUAAUAUAUGUGUAAUUUUUAAUGAAACGGAACACAAGCAGUGUCAAUGAAUUAAUUAUUUGAAAGCACAGAAUGAGCCCAUUCUCUUCCGUUUUCCCGGAUUUAUUUCGAAGGGGUCAAAACAGCGGAAAUGCUUAGUGACGUACAACUUUAGCGACCGGUUCGAAAAUGUAGAAACCAUCUUGACGCUUACGAUGGACAGCGAAGUUCAGAGAGAUGGACGGGUCCUUGACCUCACUGAUGAUGCCUGGAGAGAGGACCGCUUGCCUUAUGAGGAUGUCACAAUCCCCCUAAGUGAACUGCCUGAGGCGGAACAAGACAAUGGUGGAUCCACGGAAUCCGUAAAAGAACAGGAAAUGAAAUGGUCGGAUUUAGCGCUACAAAGUCUCCAUGAAAAUACACCAAAUUCCGGAAACUAACAUGUCAAAAUAAAGAUACGUUGCCAUGGAGGUCCUGACUUCCGAUGCCAUGCGACAGAAUUUCGCUUUGCUGUUGAGUUGCACUACAGAGCAUACUUUUUUAUCCACCAAACGUAUACUGUUAGCAGUCAUCUCCAAAAGUAUCAGACAAAUUGAGUUGACCGAAGGUCACACAACCCUUAUGGACACUCUCACACUUUGCAUUAGAAUUUGUAUGCACAUUAGAUUACAUUGACGUUACUUACUUGGUCUCAGAAGAUAUGGCUGAAGUCGUGUUUUGCGUUUUCCGGUCAGCAACACCCAAUGUCCGUUGGCGUGGGGGAUACACACUUGGUUGACCACCAAGAGAAACGUGUUAAAUUGUUUACAUUUUAUUUGUGUGAAAAACAUACAUUAAAGUUUGUAUCAACUG